UCGCGCCAAAUUAUGACAUUAAGAAUCCUGUGAGAUGUUUAUUUUUUAUUUUUUACUGUAGCCAAAAAAUAAAAUAGUAAAGAUAAUAAACAUAGCUGAUUUUUAUUAGUACUUUUUCUAACUUCUAAUAAACAUGAAAAUUGAAAGUAAACCUCUUAGAUACGCUCAUGCCGAAGGACACACUGAUGUAUGUUUUUCUGAAGAUGGACAGCACAUAAUAACUUGUGGACACGAUGGCGAUGUAAGGAUUUGGCUUGGUAUUGAAGAUGACGAUCCAAAUUCUCACUGUGUUGGAGAAAGUGCGCUCGCCGUGUGUUUUAAGGACAAAAGACUAUAUGUGGCAAAUGAUAACCAUGCAGUUCAAGCAUAUACAUUUCCAGCAUUUGACAAAGAUGGUAUUGUCACCAGAUUCACAGCGCCAGUUACGCAAAUUAUGUCUUCACCGCAAAUUGAGGUGUUGGGAUGUUGUUCAGAGAACAUGGAGGCUAAAAUUUGUAACCUAGAAGGUGGUGCUCCAUUGUUUGUAAUGACGGAACACAAGGGUCCAGUGCUGAGUGUUGCAAUUUGUCCCCAUAUGAAGUAUGCUGCUACUGCUUGUGGAGAUGGGGUGUUAAGGAUAUGGGAUAUAGAUACACAGAAAGUUGUCAAAGAAGUGACUUGUGUACCAAAAAUCAAUACUUUCUAUGCCGCAAAAGUAUUAUGUAGAAUAAGUUUUGAACCAUCAGAAGGGAAAUAUUUGGCAUAUCCUAAUAACAGAGAAAUUAUAUUACUGGACAGUGAAAGUUGGGGACAAAGACUCACAUUCACACAUAGUUUGAUAAAAUGUGCAAUUUCUCAAUGCCUUUUCUCACCAUGUGGUCAAUACAUAGCGGGGAGUACAGUGGCAGGUCAGAUAGCAGUGUGGGAAGUACAAAGUGGUACUUGUAUGGGUAUCAUUGAACAUCCAACAUCACAUAAUGUUUCAGCAAUGGCUUGGAGCCCUAAAGGUAAUGGAAUCCUGGCAUAUUGUGAUAUUGCUGGUCAAUUAGGAAUGUUAGUAAACUGUUACGGGCAAGACAGCAAUAAAGUAAAUGGAGACUCGGAAGACAUUGAAAUGGUAGAAAAAGAUGAUAAUGAUGAUCUAGUUGAGAACCUCAUACAUAACUAUGAAAGUGAUGAUGACAAUGCAAUAUCCUUGGAGAAGAUAAAGAAUGAGACUCUCGGGCUGCAAACCGAGCAGGACUCCCGGCCGCAGUCGCGCCACGCUGCGCCCGCACCCUCCGCCGUGCCCCCGCAGCCACCCUUCCAACCCUCCUCUACACCUGCACACUUGGAGCAUAGAUACAUGUGUUGGAAUGAUGUAGGCAUAGUGAGAUGCCACACCGCAGAGAAUGGAGAGUCAAGCAUUGACAUUGAGUUCCAUGACUCCAGCUUGCAUCAUGGAAUUAAUUUGAACAAUUAUUUGAACCACACUAUGGCCAGUUUAUCCUCCACAGUGUUGGCUCUGGCGUGUGAGACACCUAGUAAACUAGUUUGCAUUUCAUUGAUGGGUAGCAGUAAGGAAUGGAGUGUGUCAAUGCCUGAUACUGAGGAGAUAUUAUGUGUGUCAGCCACCAGUGCGCUGGUCGCUUGCGCCACUGACGCGCGACUGUUACGACUCUUUACAACAAUGGGCACACAGAGACAGGUAAUCUCGUUACCGGGACCGGCGGUUGCAUUAUCCGGGUUCAACACAACUGUAAUGGCCGUGUACCACAGCACAGACCCUGGAUUAUCCGACCAACAUCUGGCAAUGGAUAUUAUAGCUCUAAAUGGUCGACAAGUACGAAGCAAAACGGUUCAUUUACCCUUAACCCCAGGGUCUAAGUUAGCUUGGCUGGGCUGCACGGAUGUUGGAUCACCCUGUACAUAUGACACCGCUGGUGUACUGCGUUUGUAUGAUAUAGCGAGUGGUAUCUGGAUGCCUUUAUGUGAUAUUAGUACACAUUCUAAAGGUGCCUCUGAUACCUGGUUUAUAGUAUCUAUAAGCGAGCCAAUGCAGACAGUACGAGUGAUCCUCUGCAGAGGUACUUCGUAUCCACUCACAGUUCCAAGACCUAUUGUUACUGAAAUACCUCUACAAAUACCACUGUGCGAGUUGGACACUGAGAAGUCCCAGUAUGAGGAGCAGCUGGUGCGGUGGGCGCACACCAACGCCGAUGUGGAAGUCAAGACAGCCAGGGAGACCGCUCUCAAAUUAUUUGCUUUGGCGUGUCGCAGUGAGAUCGAACAAAGAGCGUUAGAACUCAUGGAACUUCUUAAAGACGAGAAGUUACUUCCAUUAGCCGCUAAAUACGCAUCUCGUCUCGGUCGUUUGCAUUUGGCGGACAAGUUGUCGGACUUGGCCGACAGGUGGCAGACGGAGGCUGACAAACUUAAUGUGGCUCAGAACUCUCACUUCCAAGAGUUGGAGACGCAGGAGACUUACGAUGUGACACAAGAUGACAUGAACUCCAGUAUUAUUAUACCCCAAAGGAUUAAGAAGAAAGUUGAAAGUGUUGUACCUAUUAAACCAGUGCCAAUAAAAUCAUCUCCUAUGGGCAAACGGAAUCCUUUCAGAAAGCAACAAGACACUAUCAAAAGUAUACAAAAUCCUUUGAGCUUAACGGACAGGACUCUGGUCGAAGUUCACACGACUCCGGAGACCACGGAAAAUAAUGAUCCCUUAACACCAUUGGAAGGUGAAACCUUUGUCCUUUGGUUCUCACGUAACAAAAGUACACUGGAAGAGAAGCAUCCCGAGUUGACACCUUCAGAGCUGACUCGUCAAGGAGUUAGGAUGUUCAAGAGCAUACAGAACGUAACUGAAGGUCCACAAAAGAGGAAGCUAGAAGAUUCUACUGAAACAUCAGUCACGAAUGCUUCCAAGCAAUCAAAACUCAGCUCUUUUGCCUUCCAAAAAAAAUGACCAUGGGUAUUUCUUUUAUUUUUACUGCAUAAAUUUUAUUGUAGACAGAUUAGGAAUCAUUCAUUAAUCAAGUGAGGCUUGAA